GUUCAGGGGCAGUAUUCCGCAGUAUAAAUAAAGGCCGAUUCCCGCCGUACGUAGCCCCAGCCUCGUUCCUUGCUCCUCUCCUCUCCUUUUCCACCCGUAAUACCAAGGUAUAAGGUGGUACCCAAUAUUUCCUCUUAACUCCCUCGCCCACCACCCCCCCAACAAGUUUCCCCCCUCUUCUUCAUUCUUAUCUUCCCCCCUAAACCAAUCCCCCAUCACACACACAAUUGCACUCCCCCCUUUUCCCCCACCCACUAUUCACAAUGCCUUCCCUCCUCUCCCGCACAAUAGAAGCAACACAAGCCCUCCUCUUCCCCUGGGUCUUCCUCGCACUCUCCGCCUCCUGUCUACCGGGUACCAUUCUUCGCCUCAUCCGCGAAGGCCGUUUUGCAACGCUCUUCUAUCCUAGGGCGUUGCGAGAUGCCUGGUUCACCGAUUUCUGGGGCCGCAUCGCGGGCCCAGGUAUUCGGAGAGACGCGGCUGUACGCGUAAUCCCGUUACUCCAGGGACGCGUGGAUGGCGGAAGGGUUGUGGAGAGGCAGGUUAGUAGGGGGAUUGGCGGGACCGUGAUUGAGGUUGGUGUUGGGAGUGGUAUGUGGGUUGAUGUUUAUCGCGAGGUAGCGGAUAUUAGCUCUGAGGGUGAAUCGGAGGUUAGGCGCAGGAAUGUUGGAAAAGGGGGUGAUGAUGGAAAUGCUAGUAAGGGUGUGAUUACGCGUGUUUAUGGUGUAGAGCCGAAUGAGGGACAUCAUGCGGCUUUACAGAAAAAUAUCGCGAAAGCUGGAUUGGAAGAUGUGUAUCGCAUCGUACCGGUCGGGAUUGAAGAUUUGGACAAUCCUGAAAAAUGGGAUGGGAAAGUCGAGAAGGGCAGUGUGGAUUGCAUUGUAUCGAUCCUGUGUUUAUGCAGUAUUCCUGACCCAGAGAAGAAUAUUCGCGAGUUAUACAGUUACUUGAAAAAGGGGGGAAGAUGGUACGCAUACGAGCACGUCCGAGUUGAGUAUAGUUGGUAUAUGAAGGCGUAUCAACGUUACCUCAAUCUAUUCUGGCCACAUUUCAUCGGCGGAUGCACCCUGUGCCGACAGACCGAAAAGACAAUCAGGGAGGCAGGCUCCUGGGAAGAUAUCAAUAUUGGACAACCACCCGAUGAGUUCUGGUAUAAAACGGUUCCGCACCGCUUAGGAAUCUUUACAAAGUAAAAUAUUCGGAAAACGAGAGAAAAAUAUUGUCAUUUUGGAAAUUUUCGCGGUUUUAGGCUUAUUUUUUCUUCUUCUCCCUGCAAUUACCCCUAUUCAUGAAUCCUACCAUUGUGGGACACGAAGCACAACCAAACCUCACCGAAACCUGUCGUUCUCUACUAUUUAUUAAAUUACUCCAAAUGUUUCUUAUU